UCGACCACCUCGACCACUUCGACCCUCUCCACACAGCCGACUCCCUCGACCACUUCUAGCAUUUCGAUCACCUCGACAACCUCGACGACAUCGACAUCCACCACAGAGCCGACGACAGCAACCACGGCGAGUACGGCACAGCCGACGACCACCCAGGCACCGUCCACCGCCUCCACCACCACGAGCUCCAGCACCACGGUGUCGCCCACUACCAGCAGCACGCCGUCAACCCACGUGGCAUCGUCGUCGUCUCUGGCGCCGACGUCCGUGCCGACCACCGUGACGCCCAGCUCGGCUCUUCCGUCCUCGGUUGAGACAACCUCUGAGGUCCCCACGACGUCUGCUGCGGCCCCGUCUUCCUCCUCUGCGGAGCCUUCCUCGACCACGGAGCCCUCAUCGACCACCGAGCAGCUCUCGACCACCGAGCCGUCGUCGACAGCGGAGCCGUCUUCAUCGACUAAUCAGCCCACAACGACCACGGAGCCCACGACCACGCAAGAACCCUCGACCUCGACGACGACAACGACCUCGAGCACGACGACCACCACCCCGCCGCCCGCGACAACCCUCACCCCGACGUCCACGACCUCGGCCCCACCGGCCCAGACUACCCCAACCACUGUCGACCGGGCGGGUGUUGGGCCGUUCAGCGGCCGUGGCACAUGGUUCGAUGUCGGCCUCAGUGCGUGUGGGACGUACGAUGAGCCGCAGAUGCCUGUCGUCGCCGUCGGGUACCAGCUGUUCGACAACUGGCCAGGCUACGCCGGGCUGAACCCCAACCUGAACCCGAUCUGCGGGCACCACCUCAACAUCACCUGGGGCGGGCGCAGCGUGAUCGCGGAAGUGACGGACCGGUGCCCUGGGUGCGGCGAGCGGGACCUCGACCUCAGCAAGGCUGCGUUCGAGGUGUUCCAGCCGCUGUCGACCGGCGUGCUCGAAGCGCCGAAGAACGAGGAUAUCGUGUGGACCUGGGUAAAUGGGUAUGGCAGGCUCCCAGAGAUGUCUUUCACCCCGUAAUCAUGCCCCUCCUCCCCCACUCUCGCUGCUGGCGGCGAGAGUCGGUCGCCAUCGCGCCAUCAACUUUUUUUACCCCGUGCCGGCCGACACCCGUGCAGUCGGCAACUUCCCCGAACUAGAUAAUACUAUGCAU